AUGAAGUUUGCCUUUAGUACUAUCUGCGGCUCCCCUAUCUCAACCGGGCCGCAGUCGGAGGAGGAGGAGGAGGAGGGAGAGGAUCAGAAGGAGGUGGCGGGGGGAGUACGGCCUGGUUCUCCUUCUCCACCAAGGCGGCUGAGGCCGGAGCGGAAGGCCAUGGCUUCCAAGGCGGACAGGCUGAAGCAAAAGGCGUUGUCCGUGGUGGACACGGUUCAGACGCUGUCCUCAAGCACCGACAGCAGCAACUCUUGCACCAUCACGGUCAAGAGCUCUCCCCCCCGCACGGCGGCGGAGAUGACGAAGCUCUCCGUGAGGCGCGGCUGGAUGUUCAAGAAGAACAAGCAGGGCGCGUGGCAGCGGCGGUACUGCUGCCUCGUGCCGCACACCUUCCUCUACUACUUCGAGUCGAAGGACGCUGAGGUCCCGAGAGGGGUCAUCGACCUAGACCCUUACACCAAUAUCGGGGUGGACCAGAGGACCGGCGCCAUCGUCCUGGGACCCGGGGGGUCGUGGACCGUGGCAGGGCAAGGGCUAAGGAAGUUCUACUUCAAGCCGGAGGAAAGACGAAUGAUGAGGACGACAGCGGCGGGUGGGGCCGGCGCUAACGGUACCGCCGUUGCGGAGGCGGAGGGCGAGGGCGGGGGCUCCGGGGUCGCGAAGAAGGGGGACGGGGGGGGGGGCGAGGUCCUCGGCGAGUGGCUGUCCGGGCUGCACCGGGAGCGGUACAAGGUGGUCCGGGACGAGCGGGACGCUUACAUGAACCUGCAGGAAGAGUACAUGUCCCAGAUGCAGGACACCACGUCCGCCAAGACAGAGGCGGAGAAGGAGCGGUGUCGGGUGCUGCAGGGCCUCCAGGCGGAGCAUGCGGCCGUGAGAGCGGCCGCCAGGGAUGGACUCGAGCAGGCGCGAGCGCUAUUCCGGGACGAAGAGCUUCCGCCGGAAGAUGCGGAGUCUCUCCCGCUGCCGGCGCUGCUGGCCAGGGUGCGGGCCGUGGCGUCCGAUCGGCGGUGCCGGCAGACUCGGCUGGAGGUGGAGCUCGCCGCCGCGCUUAGCGCUCUCGCGGCCGCCAGGAAUGAGGAGGGGGAGAGCCGGGGCGUCGCGGAACAGCUGCGUGCGGAGGCAGGGGAGGCAUCGGCAAGAGCCACGAAUGCCGAGGCUCGGGUAGAGCGUGCGGAGGAGGAGGCGACUCGCGAGAGGGGGCUCCGUGCGACGGCAGAGGCAUCGCUAGAGGCAUGCAAGGACCGCCUCGAGGCGAUCAUGGUGGACGUGGAGCAGGGUCAGGUGAACCUGGGCAUCAUGGCGGGGGAGAGGCGCGCGGCGGCCGCGAAGGCCGCGGAGCUCUCCGAGCAGAAGCGGUUGCUGGUGCGAGAGGUGAAGCUGUCCCGGCGUUCCCUGGCGGAGGCGACGUCGGUGAACCGGCGCCUGGCGCGGGCGUACGAGUCGCUGGAGCAGUCCCUGCGGACAACGACGUCGUCGCCGGUGCCGUCGUCGUCUUCGUUCUCGGAGGAAGCCCCUCCGCCGCCGCCAUCGGCAACAACAACAGCAACAGCAACAACGUCUGCUGCAACCGCGGACGCUGCUGGCGCUGCUGGCGCUGCUGGCACUGCUGCAAACAACGGCGGUUGUAGUACCGCUGCUGCCGCCCCCUCCCCCUCGGAAGACGGCGCAUGCGAUUCGGGGAAGGCCGUAGGAUUGGCGGCACCGGUGGAAGCAGCGAGGGCUGCGGGGGAGAGGGCGGUUUCAGAUUCCAGCACCGACGGCGGCAGCGGCGGCGCUGGUGUAGCAGCCACCGCCACCUCGUUAUUGCGACCGGAGGCGCGGGAGGAGGAGGCGGCCGGGGCGGCGGCGGCGGCGGCGGCAGCGGGUGCUCCGGUGUCCCCCCUCGUGGAAGGCCUGCUUGCCGGCGGCGGCGGCAGCGGCGGAGGAGGACGAGCAGGGGGAAGAGGAGGAGGAGUUGGAGGAGGGGGAAGGCGAGAAGAGUGGCGGGAGGCGCGGCUCGAUGGCACCGCCAUCGAGGCCGGUCGUCGAAGUCGCGGCGGCAGCGUGGGAGCAGGAGGAGGAAGAGGAGGGGGAGGAGGGAGGAGGAGCGCGGGCAGCUGGCACGGGGCACGGGAGGGCUCGGCGACGGGGCCGGGACUGAUGAUGCAGUUCAGGAACCUGUCCACCGGGGACGUGGAUGUGCUCGUCCCCCCGAGCGAGAAGCCGCGGGGGCGAGCGUCGACAGAGAGCGGCGGCGGGGGUCCCGUCGAAUCACGGGCCCCGGCUGCUACCUUCGAGCCGCACUCCUCCAACUUGGGCCUGAAGAUCACUCAGACAUUCGCGGCGGCGAGCUGGCCCUGGGCGCCCAAGCCUAGCACCGAGGCCCGCGCUGCCGCCGCCGCCGCAGCCGCUUCUCCUGCUGUGGGCACCGGUACGGCUGCAAGUGGGAGCUCGACUGCUGUUGGGGCUGGCGAUAGCGCAGGCGCGAGAGGCGGAAGAAGCGGCAGCGGUAGUAGCAUCAUCAGCGGUGGGUCCGCGGGGGCCGGCGUUGGAGAGGCCACUGCCGGAGGAAGCGGGGACGGCUGUGGCUCCGAUGCCCGGGACGGAGAGUCCGCUGCUGCUGCUACCGGCUCUGCUGCUGUCGACGCCGCUGCGGGAGCUGGGAGCGGUGGCGGGGGCGGUGGCGGCUAUUCCGCGUUUGUCGGGGCCUUCGAGGGCGUCAUUUCUUCCAUGGGAAGCAGCGGCGGCGCCAGAGAUGACCACCCGCGGCUAGUUGGGGCGGUAGUAGCGAGGUUGGCGGGGAGGUUGCUGCUGGCGGACGAGCGGUCUCUCGAAGAAGCGUGGAGGCGUUGGUCUGCCGUAGGUGCGGGGGCACGGUGGAAGGCCCCCAGAACAGCACCUGCACGUGCUCGGUGCCGGAGCUGGGCACGGGCACGGAACCGUUAG